GUCAACUGCUUGGAUCGGCAUGUUCAGAAGUCCCCGGAGAGUGUUGCUUUGAUCUGGGAGCGAGACGAACCCGGAACGGAAGUGAGGAUCACCUACAGGGAACUGUUGGAGACCACGUGCCGCCUGGCCAACACAUUGAAGAGGCAUGGAGUUCGUCGCGGGGACCGUGUGGCCAUCUACAUGCCUGUGUCCCCACAGGUUGUGGCUGCAAUGCUUGCCUGUGCCAGGAUUGGGGCUGUCCACAAUGUCGUCUUUGCUGGCUUCAGCGCACAGUCCUUGGCUGGGAGGAUCAAUGAUGCAAAGUGCAAGGUGGUUAUCACCAUCAACCAAGGACUGAGGGGAGGACGCGUGUUGGAGCUGAAGAAGAUAGUGGAUGAAGCCGUGAAGCACUGCCCAACGGUCCAGCAUGUCCUGGUGGCUCACAGGACGGAAAACAAGGUCCCCAUGGGGAAGCUGGAUGUCCCCCUGGAGGAGGCCAUGGCCAAGGAGGACACUGUGUGUGCCCCAGAGAGCAUGGGCAGCGAGGACAUGCUCUUCCUGCUGUACACCUCCGGGAGCACCGGGAAGCCCAAGGGGCUCGUGCACACCCAGGCGGGCUACCUGCUGUUUGCCGCCCUGACGCACAAGGUACGGCCUUGGUGGUGGGCAGAGCAUGGGUGGUGCUCACCUCCCUGGUGGGAUAGGGCAGGGGGCCAGAUUCCUUCUUCACCGACUCCGUCCACACCUUUGGGGAUCCCUGGACCUGCUGCGGUUGGACCCCAACAACCAGUGGGGCCGUGGAGGAGGAGAGGCAGCACCCACGGGGCUAUGGAGCCACAGCACCUGGGCCGGAGCCCCCUGCCUGGGCCCACUCCCCACCCACAGUGGAGGGGACCAGGAGCCAAGACUAGUUUUGUCUCAGAGAAAAGUCCUUGUGACAGUAGGGGCUGUUUCCUUGCUCCAAAUCGGCAGUUCCACCCACUCUGUCCCAGCCAGUCUGUCCCAGAUUCUUGGUGGGUUGGCCUGGAUAAAUGUGGCACUAGCCCCUCGGCCCAUCGGCAUUUCUUCCCUGUCAUCCCCAUAGAGACAGGCGGCAUCUGCAUCGCACCACGGCCCUCGGAAGAAGGGGCGGAAAUCCUCCCUGCCAUGGCAAUGAGGCCCUUCUUUGGCAUUAUCCCGGUUCUCAUGGAUGACAAGGGGAACGUUUUGGAGGGCAACAAUGUCUCCGGGGCUCUGUGCCUCUCACAGGCCUGGCCGGGCCUGUCCAGGACCAUCUACGGAAACCACCAGAGGUUCCUAGAGACCUAUUUCAAGGCUUACCCAGGUGAGCGGGAUGCCUUUCCACACCCUGCUGGAGCCCUAUUCUCAGAACAUGUUUCUAAGGGGACAGUGCCUGUGAGCGUCCCUCAUGCAGGUUCAGAGCAGGUGCUUGAUAUCGACAAAGUGUCUGUGCUAAAGUAUGGGAUGGCCAUUGCUGCCCAGCAGACUGCCAUGACGGAGCUGUCCAUCAUGGGGCUCAUGUGGAUGAAACCAGAGACUGUGGACCUCACGAUCCCCUGGGAAGAGCCCUUCUUACCUCAAUGCAGUCGGACGCUGGCUGGGUAUGCGGGCACCACCCGAGACUCUAAUAUUGCACCCCUUCCUUGCCAGAUAGUGAAACGUCUUCCAAAAACUCGGUCUGGAAAAGUCAUGCGGAGGCUCCUGAGGAAGAUCAUCACGGGCAAAGCUCAGGAUCUGGGGGACACCACCACCCUGGAGGACCCCAACAUCAUCUCGGAAAUACUGAGUGCCUACCAGAAGCACAAAGACAAGAAUGCUGCUCGCCAGUGAUGGGCUGUGACCAAGACCCAGCGCCCAAGCCCCUAACUUGUCCUAGGACAUGGCUGUCAGUUGGCUUGUUUUUAGAUGUCCCAGAGAAGUGCCCUCCCAGCAUAUAACCCACACCGCCCCUCGUGGAAAGUCCGCGCUAAAACCCCUUCCCCUUUGUGUUGGCGAACCCAUGCGACGAUUCUAUAAAAUUGGUUAGAGUCUGUU